AUGGCUGAAGAACUACAAGUGAAGAUGCAAACAACGGUUUGCCAAGCACCCGAAGAAACGCUCCAGGCUAUGGCAAAGGAUUUUAAACUUGAUAUUUCCGAACAAAGGAAAAGUACAAUUGUUUGCAUGAUUUUUAACCACAUUGAUAAAGAAUUGAUGGACAAAAACGAGGAACAACGAAUGUUAUUCUUGAUAGAAUUUCCCUCACGUUACUUUAAGAGCACAAAAGAAAAAGAUGUUUCAGAAUCAGUACCCCUGUAAAGCAAAACGCAGGACAAAGCACAUUACAAGGUAUGUUAGAAUCUACAAGUGUAUUUCGUCGACAAUUCAAAAUUGUGGGACAAAUUGGACAGCCAAAUGAAAAAGACAAGUUGAGUUUCACAUCCUUGACAAGACAAAUUGACACUGGGGUUAAACAGGGGUACACAGAACAGGAAAUUGUGGACGGUGUUAUUCGUGCAAUUAAUGGUGGAAUGGUUCUUCGAAGUUAUGUAGAAACUUACAAGGAUCUAUCUCUAGAGCGGUUACGAAAAAUUCUUCGAAACCAUUAUGAUGUAAAAAGUGCAACUGAGCUAUAUCAAAGUCUUGCAUCAAUAUGUCAAGGGUCAAAAGAAACACCACAAGAAUUCCUUAUGCGUGCCUUGGAUUUACGCCAGAAAAUCCUGUUUUCAAGCACUCAAUAUCAAAGUGAGGACACUUUGGCUUAUGAAAAUGAUCAUAUUCAAAAGCUAUUUCUACGUACUGUUGAAACUGGCCUUCAAGAUGCAAAUGUUAGAGUAAGGGUUAGGGGGUACCUGAGAAACCCCACAAUAUCAGAUGAGGAGCUUAUUUUGCAAGUGAAUAAUGCAGUGUCGACACAGAAUGAACCGGUAAGAAAACUAAGAGACCAGAACCGCCCAAAGCCUGCCCAGAAUCGUGGAAAGAAUACUUUAAACUCCAGGAGGCUGCCUCUCCGGGGCCAGAAGUAGCCGAAAGAAGUUUGCGGUCCCAAAGAUGUAGUUAUUGUGGCAAGGACGAUGAUAAAAUGACAUUGUACUGUUGUGCACAAUGCAAAUGUAUAGUUUAUUGUUCAAAACAUUGCCAGAAAAGACACUGGAAUGAUCAUAGGAACAAUUGUAAAACUCUUCGGGACCUGACAUGGGCAUGUCAAAACGAAACACGUAGCAAUAAUAAGACAUUUACCAGUCACCUAACUCCUAGUGAGCAUGCAAAGAUUGCUAAGCUAGUAGGAAGACGGUGCACUGUAAAGUGUUCUCUAAAUGAAUUUGAGUCAACAGUAUUAUGGGAUACGGGUGCACAAGUAUCUAUUGUGUCCAAGGAAAUGAUAGAAAAACACUUUCCUAAAAAUGUUAUAAAGAACAUUUCAGAACUUAUUAAUGGUGAAUUGGAUUUAACAGCAGCUAAUGGUACACGAAUUGCGUAUAGUGGUUGGACUGAGAUAGAAGUUAGAUUGAUUUCAUCAAAAGAAAAAGAUCCAUCGGUUAUGGUUCCUUUCUUAGUAACAAACGACAGUUUAGAAUAUCCCAUUCUUGGAUACAAUGUUAUUGAAGAACUAAUCAAGCCGAUGAAUACAUCUGAUAUUCAGUCAGCACAUAUUGCUACAGUACAAGCUAGUUUUCAAGGUUUUGAUGAGAAGGUGUUACUCGAAUUGGUUAGACUGAUACAGACAGCAAGAGCAAAUGAACUAUGCACGAUUAAGAGCCCAAAGAAAGACUUUGUUAUUCCGGCAAAGAAAACAUUUAAAGUUAACUGUCGAGCGAAUACUGGACCGGUAGAAAAAACUACACUUGUAUUGUUUGAACCGGACGAAUUAACGCCCUGUCCAGACGGUUUAUCGGUGCAUGAAACGGUAACAACAGUGAAACAAGGCUCAACAUCUCAAGUAAAGAUAGAUGUGACUAAUACAACUAAUCAUGACAUUGUCGUGCGUAAACACACAGUAUUAGGAAGUCUUCAGUUAAUUAAAUCGAUUACACCUGUAGAAGUGAAGUUGGCAGAAAAGUCAAGCAAAGAGAAAGAACGAACAGUAACAGCCACACAAUCCCAAGUGAAUGCAAUGGCGAAAGAAACUCGAGAAAGAGACAAUACAACUGAUGACCAGUUUUUACCUGAAGUUGACCUUAGUGGAUUAACAGAACGUCAACGUCAAGUAGUUACUAACAUGUUGAAGGACGAAUGUCACUCUUUUGCAAGAAAUGACGAGGAUAUCGGUUAUAUCAAAGAUCUAGAACUAGAAAUAAAUUUGACAACAAACGAGCCAGUGCAAAAGAACUAUGUAUCGGUACCAAGACCUCUCUACCCCAAAGUAAAACAGUACAUUGAAGAUUUGUUAAAUAACGAGUUUAUAAGAGAGUCAAAAUCAGCUUAUUCAUCCCCAGUA